AUUAACGAAGCAAAUUUGAGUGGUGAUUCUGAAGUGCAAAAAUUCUAUGAUGGCUCUGUGGUGUUUAUCACGGGAGGAUCAGGGUUCGUUGGAAAACAUCUGAUCGAAAAACUUAUCAGAACGACAAACGUAAAAAAGAUCUACGUGCUGCUGCGGGCGAAGAAAGGGAAAAAUAUUCAAGAAAGACUUGAACAAAUUUUACAGGAUCCGCUGUAUUCAGAGCUACGGAAAGACAACCCCACUUUUGUGGAUAGAAUAAUGCCAAUACUAGGUGAUGUUUCUGAAAUAAAUCUUGGUUUAGACGAGAAGUCUUGGGCAAUCCUAACUGAUGAGGUAAACGUUAUUCUCCACUCAGCAGCAACAGUUAAUUUUGUUGAAAAAGUGAAAUUAGCUACGAUAACAAAUGUGCGUGGCGUGAGAGAGAUGCUAAAGUUAGCGAAAGCUUGUAAAAAUAUUAAGUCAGUAGUCCACAUAUCAACAGCCUAUUCUAAUGCAACUAAGAGUCGUAUAAAACAAGAGAUAAAUGAAGAUUUCUACGACAGUCCCAUACCUCCAGACGUGUUGAUUGAGCUCAGUGAGACUCUUGACACUGAUACUGUUGAAGAUAUGUGUAAAAUUUUUAUGAAUGAGUGGCCAAAUAGUUACACGUUGACAAAGGCUGUUGCGGAGGACCUUGUGAGGAGGGAGAAGGAUCUGCCGAUUUGUAUCGUUAGACCCAGUAUUGUAAUAGCUGCAUAUAACGAACCCACGCCGGGUUGGAUUGAAAGGAAAAAUGUGUUUGGACCAAGUGGAGUUUUGGUCGGUUUGAGCUUAGGUGUGAUUCACGUCAUUUUAGCUGACACAGCCAUAUUUAUAGAUAUUGUACCAGUUGAUUAUGUGAAUAACACUGUAUUAGUAGCAGCCUGGAAGAAUUAUUUAAGAUACCAAUUAAAUGAAAAAGAGAAAAAAAUAUAUACCGUUACAAGUACCAGAAAGCCUUUUAAAUGGGGAUCAUUUCGUGAAAUAUUAAUAAAUGAAGGCAGACAACUAAUGUCGUCGAAAGCUAUUUGGUACGGUUUCGCAUUGGAAAUUAAGUAUAAAACACUUUAUUCCGUAUUCGUUUUGCUGCUGCAUUUCAUUCCGGCCUGUAUUGUUGACGGAUGCUGCUUAUUGUUAGGGAUUAAACCAAGAUUAUUUAAGGCCUACCAAAUGAUUGAAAAAUUGUUUACCAUCUUCGGGUAUUUCACCAUGAAGGAAUGGUUCUUCGAAGACAAGAAAACUAUGAAUCUCUACAAUGAGCUUUCAAAGACGGAUAAAAUAUUAUUUAACUUUGAUGUAACAAAUAUAGAAACGAGGGAGAACAUCCGGUCGUGGUUGUACGGGAUCAAAAAGUACGUUAUUAAGGACGAUAUGACUGACGUUGAGUACUCUAUGAAAAAACAGUUCUGGUUCAGAAUAGCAAAUUACAUAUUCGUUCCUGCAUAUUCAUUUUUCCUAUUUAAAUUAGUGUCUUAUGCAUUUAUUUUUAUACAUAACGUUUUAAGUUUUUUGUUUUCCAACUCAGACAUUAUUAAAGCUAAAUAGUUUUCCAUUUGAAUCAAAAUAACAUGUGAUAAAUGAUUUGAAUACCUACUCUCGAUUUUUUUGUGAACAAAGGUAUCUAGGAUUGGCACUGCCUAUUUAUGGCUCAAUGUAAAACGUUAUGUACAGAGAGAUAUUUAUUAUAGACUAACUAAAUGAGUUGAUGUGUAAUAUUUACUAAUCAUAGGAUUGUAUAUCUAAUAACCAAUUAGAAGUAACUUAGCAAUAUUGCAAAUUUUUAUUAAAUAAUAAUAAA